UCGGCCGUCGAAAUCUUCACGUGUAGCGCCGUUGCAGACCAAGAAUUAUGCUGGACUAGGAAUAGGAGGCGAGCUGAAGAGCGUUUUGUGGUGCCACUUCCCGAAAUUGGAUGCGAGCGAGCUCAGCAUUUUUUCGACCGAGAGAGCCGUGGGCAAACGAGAUCCAAGCUGGAGCGCAUACAGAAGACGAUGGGUGACCACCCGACAUACCUGGAGGUCUUCUUGCGCACGCAGAACUUCAUCCUGCGCGGCGACGGACCGCUGCCUGCUGACUACCGCCACUACAUUGCCAUCAUAGCAGCGGCGCGCCACCAGUGCAGCUACCUGGUCGAAAUCCAAAAGGAGGAGUUCCUCGAGCAGGGCGGCGACCCCGGCUGGCUCAGAGGCCUCCAGUUUGUGCCCCAGAAACUGCACGAGCUCAACGAGAUCAACAAAAUUUUGGCCCACAGGCCAUGGCUGCUCAACAAGUGCCACAUCGAACGCCUCACCAGGGGCAGCAACUGGUCGCUGGCCGAGGUGGUGCACGCCAUAGUAUUACUUACGCAUUUCCAUGCACUUGCCAGCUUUGUUUUUGGCUGUGGAAUCAAUGAUCAUGAUGAUCCAGAUGCACCUGCAGAAAUCAAAGAUCUUGUCGAACCUGAAGUCGGCGUGGACAUCCUGAUGGAGAGGAUGAAGAGUCUGUCCGAACGGGAGGAGGAAUUCUCAAUUGAGGAGCAGACGAAACGGUUCCUCCACGUCGAAUGCGACAAGGCUAUCGAAAUCGCCAAUACUCCAGUACAAUCUCAGCCAACUGACCUCAGUCAGUUUGUUGAGGACCCAGACUUUUUGUAUCAAGACUUUCAGAGGAGGGGAGAGAUGGCAGAGUUGCCCACAUUCAGGGUUCAGGAUUACUCUUGGGAGGACCAUGGAUAUUCUCUAGUCAACCGUCUCUACAACGAUGUGGGAAAUCUGCUGGACGAAAAGUUCAAGACUGCCUACAACUUGACCUACUACACCAUGGGUGGACGCACAGACGUGGACACGUCACGCUUCCGAAGGGCCAUCUGGAAUUACAUUCACUGCAUGUUUGGCAUCAGGCAUGAUGAUUAUGACUACGGAGAGGUGAAUCAGCUGCUGGAAAGGUGGCUCAAGGCCUACAUCAAGUCGACCUGCUGUUUCCCGGAAAGAAUAACCACCAGGGACUAUAUCAGCGUUCUCAGAGAGUUCGAACACAGCGAAAAGAUCCACGUCAACUUGAUGGUGCUGGAAGCCCGACUACAGGCAGAACUGUUGUACGCCCUCAGGGUAGUCAUGAAGUACAUGACCUGAGCCCUGGCACAAACAAGAUGAAAACUAUAUUCCCACACAUGCGAUAUCAUCAUGUAAUAAUAAUAUUAUUCUGCCGAUAAUAACUAAAUAACCACUGAGGAAAAACUUGCUGUUUUCAAAAGGAACAAUAUUUAUUGUAUGGAAACAAUAUCUUGUGAUCUAGGACGGUUUUGAUUUCAAAGGAAAAUUUUUCCUAGAUUUCGAGUUGAAAAAAAGACUUGCCUCAAAAGUAAUUGACUUCUCUUCAGACGAACAACAGCACACAAUUAUCAUUUAAAUAAUUUAAAUGUUGUCAUUCUCUAGUGAAAUUUUUUACAAUUUUGAUAAUUUUUUUGGCGCACAACCAACGAAAUUCAUUUCUGCUAGUUGAGUACCUGAAGGAGUUGCCUAAAUUUCCUGUUUUUAUCUAGUAAAAAUAACUGAUCAAAAUAAUCAGAAGGUUCGUUUGAAAAUAUAUAAUAUUGAUUGCUGUUUUUAAAAAGACUGAUGAGGAAUUUUCUUCAAAUCUGAGGAGCUCAAAUUAAUUUAGUAUUCUUUUCGUAGGCUUUUGUUAGUUUUAGAACUUGUGUGUCUUAAUCGAUUAACUCGUUAUGGUCUUGCCAAAUUAUUAACUUAAAUUUAGAACGCUUCUCACUUUGCUGGAAAAUUCUCAUUUUUUUAACUAACCAAACGGUGCAGAGUCCAGUGCUUGUUUUUGUCAGUUACUUUUGAGGGCUCCAAUCAAAAAACACAAACAAAUUAGUAAUAUAAUAUAAUUGUUCAAAAUGAAUAUUUAGUGAUGGAUGUCAACUGGUUAAAGAUGCUGAGAAAAAUACCUACUAGCUGAUAUGUACUUGUGUAAAACUAUCUAUGUUCAGUCAGUCGAGAGAAGAAAGUUGUAUAAUAUUUUGAGAAUCAAACCAACUCUUUUUUCAAGACAAAUCGAGUUCUUGAUGUAAAACUUCAGAAUAAAAAUAUUCAAUAGAA